UCCGGGAGGGGGCGGUGGGAGCGGGCCCGGGAACUGCCGGCCGUCCGUACGCGGGGCCAGCCCUCGGGACAGACAGCCGAGGGUAGCGACGGACUCGUCCGCCCUGGGCACCAGAACCCGACGGAGCGUGCCGGGCGUCCCCAGACACCUUCUGCCCCGCGCGCCGCCGGGUCCCCGAGGUCUCGCUGAGCCUCUCCGUUCGCCACCUGGUGUGGGUGCCGCCGCCUCGGGGACGGUCCCCGCGGAUUGUCCGAAGGGGAGGCGGAGGAGGCCAAGCGUUGUCCUGCGGCGGGCUGGGACGGUCCCUGGUGCCGGACGGGCAGCGCCGCCCCCGACACGCGCUUUCCACCGACAGUAGUGGUCCUCCGGCCGUUCCCGCUGCAGCAGCCGCCGAGGCCACCUGGCGAGGGAAACGCUGCGUUGCGGCGAGCCGCGGGCGGGGCGGGGACGGGGAGCUGCACGGCCCGCACACUCACCUGGCUCCCAAGCCCUGGGAAGCCCCUGGGCCAGAGAUAACGGGUGGGGUGGGGAGCGAGGCUGACCUGCCCUGGCUCACCCCUGGGAGGGCGAGUCACUGAGCGGGCGGCCGCCUUCGGAGGGUCUGGCGACGAUGCUGAGGUGCCUGCGCCGCUGGCGGCCGAGCGGUGGCUGGGCUGGACUGCGCCUGCUGGAGCGACGACACCUGUUCACCAUGAAGCUGCAGUCCCCGGAGUUCCAGUCCCUGUUCACGGAAGGGCUCAAGAGCCUCACCGAGCUGUUCGAGAAGGAGAACCACGAGCUGCGCAUCGCCGGCGGCGCCGUGCGGGACCUGCUGAACGGGGUGAAGCCGCAGGACGUGGACUUCGCCACGCCCGCCACGCCCGAGCAGAUGAAGGGGCUGCUGCAGGCGGCCGGCGUGCGCAUGGUCAACAACAAGGGGGAGAAGCACGGCACCAUCACCGCCCGGCUGCACAACGAGAACUUUGAGAUCACCACGCUGCGGAUCGACGUCGUCACCGACGGCAGGCAUGCCGAGGUGGAGUUCACCACCGACUGGCAGAAGGACGCCGAGCGCCGGGACCUCACCAUCAACUCCAUGUUUCUGGGCUUCGACGGCACUUUGUACGACUACUUCAACGGUUACGAAGAUUUGAAAAACAAGAAAGUGAGAUUUGUUGGGCAUGCUAAAAAGAGGAUACAGGAAGAUUACCUUAGGAUUUUAAGAUACUUUAGGUUUUACGGGAGGAUCGUGGACACGGUUGGUGACCACGACCCCGAGACUCUGGAAGCGAUCGCAGAAAACGCCAGAGGCCUGGCGGGGGUGUCGGGGGAGCGGAUCUGGGUGGAGCUGAAGAAGAUUCUCGUCGGCAACCACGUGAACCACUUGAUCCACCUCAUCUACGACCUCGACGUGGCUCCUUACGUCGGCUUACCUGCCAGCGCCAGCUUGGAAGAGUUUGACCGCGUCAGUCAACACGUCGAGGGUUUGUCACCGAAGCCGAUGACGCUCCUGGCCUCGUUGUUCAGAGCCCAGGACGACGUCGCAAAGCUGGAUCUGAGGCUGAAGAUCUCGAAAGAAGAGAAGAACCUCGGCCUGUUCAUCGUCAAGUACAGGCGAGACCUGGUUGAAGCGCCGGACGGCGCGGAGCCGCUGAAGCCCUACCAGGACUUCCUCAUAGACUGCAGGGAGCCGGACGCCGCCGCCCGCGUGGCCGAGCUGCUGAAGUACCAGGGCCGGCCCGCCCUCCUGCGGGAGCUGCAGCACUGGUCGGUGCCGCCCUUCCCCGUGAGCGGCCACGACCUCCGCAGGGCGGGCGUCUCCUCCGGGAAGGAGAUCGGGGCGCUGCUGCAGCAGCUGCGAGACCAGUGGAAGCGGAGCGGCUACCGGAUGGAGAAGGAGGAGCUGCUGAGCUUCGUCCGGAAGACCUGAGCCCGCGGGCGCCACCAGCAGGCUGCCGGGUGAGGCUCUCUCUGGCCCCUCGGUGAGAUCCCAGAGGCGCGAGCAGGAGGGACCGCGGCCGAGAGGGCUCCUGGCGGGGAGUGCAGGACCGCAGGCGCGUGGCCAUGCCCACCCGCACCCCGGGUCGGCACUGCAGCCCGCCGCCUCCCGCCCCGUCUCCCGGCACCCAGCCCUCUCUGUCCCGCGGACGGAGGUUCCCACCAGGAGGUGGGCUGGUUGGCCGGGCUCGGCCCGUCCUGACUCAGUUCCCCGCGCGCAGGGCUGUGCUGAGGUCGGUGUGUGGAGGGAAAGCUGCUCGGUGUUUGGAACCGGGAUAACGGGGCUGUGUUACCCGACCGUCUGCGGUGGGUGUCGGUGCUCAUCUGAAGUGCAGAAUAAAGUCGUACUUGAGCGUAGCUGACA